UUCUUCUCUCUAGCUCUCCAAUGCCGCUCGUUCGUCGUCGGAGGUCUCCUCCCCGACGACGGCGGCGUUGGCGGCGGCUCGAGGAGUUCAAAAUUUCGUCUAAUUCUGUCCUUUACCCGCUCCGAUCGGAAAAUGCAUGCUUUCGUGCUUCUCCUUGUAUUUGGGGUUUGUUUCCGGAGCCCCAAUUCUCUUGAUUUCUCUUCCACUGGGGUUGCUUCCACUGUUCCAAUUCAUCCUCUAGGUUAAUCCGAUUCAACUUGUAAGGAUUCUCGUUGGAGUUCUCAUAACAAGGAUGUGGUUUUCUGGUUAUCGUUUUGUCCUGAUUCCGUUUGUUCUGGUUCAUUGUCUUGGCUCUUUGUUGCUUCAAUGGUUGUUUCUCGUGCUUGGAGUUUGGGGUGCUGAUUUAAAAUUAUGGCUGUUUGGGUGGUGAUUUUCAUUGUUCUUGAGGUUGUUUGUGUUUAUCCAGUGAUAAAUUUGUGCAUUUUGUGGCUGUUCAGUGGCUACAUCGAUUCUUGUUUGCUUCAGUGGAUCUUGGAAUUUCCUUUUGUUGCCUCAACUGUCCUGUUCCCUUUUUCUAUUCAAGCUAGGAUCUUCUGCUGCAUUUCUUCGUCUAGAGUGUGCCAAGAUGCCAUUUUUUUCCUAGUGGAAGUCUAUCAUCAGCUUUUGCUUGGUUUCUUGUGGAAUUAGUGUUUUGUUUUUGCUGAAAUUCUCAGUGUCUAGUGAAAUGGUGUGAAGCUUGAGAGUUUAGAAUGGGGACGGGUUUGAGUAGACACAAUGGUUCAACAUUUUCCUCUCGUAUCCAACUGGGCAGCGGUUCAUACCCAGGUGUUCUUUUGGGUCAGUUGGGGAGCUUCGAGAGGGGACAAUCAAAUGCUGGCAUCUGGGCCUAGCACAUUGAGAAAUUCAGCGUGUUUUUAUGGUAGCCUGCCUCUGUCAUGGGAUUCAGUACUAGAUUCAUUUUACUCUGAGUGAGCAGGAGUACGCUUGCUCUGGCAAGUUUUAGAAAGAUAUUUGUUUUACUAUGGAAGACCAUUCAAUCAGGUUUGUUCAGUCCAAGCCUAUCCCUCCAAGAACAUUGGAGGGACUAAAGGGUUUUAAAGCAAGCUUGCUAGAGUGCUCCAACUGCGCAAGGUGGAAGGGGGUGGGACUGUUCCUUUGAGGGAAGUCCUAUCAUUAGACAAUGAAAGACAAAGGCAUGUAGAGAUUGACAAAACUUUUCAUCAGACUUGCAGCAGUGCUCCAAUUUCUUCUGCGGGCCAGAUUCAUGGCCUUCCAGCUGGAGGCGAUGUGUGGGAUAAAAAUUUGGGAGGGAAAAUUUCAUUUGGCAAGGUGGUAAUUAGUACUGCUGAUGCUGAUCAAGAGCUUAGAAUGGCAAUUCAACAAUAUCCUAGUUGUGAACCUCUUUCACAAUCAUAUGAAGGGAUUGGUUCCAGAGUCGGGCCACUGAAUAGAAUUGUUGGAAACGACAAUGUUGAUGCUAAUCCCCCAUUGAGUAGUCACAGCACAGAGGUCAUCUCUAGAAAUGAUACAUAUGGUCUCUCUCUUCCUAAUGAGAGAAUGGAUGGCUCUACUGAUCUGUUGGAGGACCAAAUAAUAACAAAGGGAAAACAUAGACUUUGCGGGGCUGGAUUGGAUGAAAUUGUUGGUAGCAACAAGAUGAUUGUUAAUUCUCUGUUGGGUAGUGACCGCGCACAAAUCACACCUAGAAAUGAUCUGGAUGGUAUCUCUUUAUCAAAUGAGAGUAGGGAUCACAUCAACAGGCUGCAGAAGAUAGCUGCAUCAUCAAACAUAAUCAUUGGAAGCGACUCAAUGGAUGUUAAUUCCCUGCAAAGCAGUGGCAGCUUACAAGUUAAACCUCGAUUUGAUAUGGGCGGUAUCUCAAUUGCAAAGGAGGGAAUGGAUUCUGCUUCUGGACUGCAGGAAGAGCUAAUGAGAACAAAAGGAAAGCAUAACCUAAAUAUCCAAGAGGAAGUGCGAAUGGGAAGCCAGAGCACUUCAAUCGAAAUAAAUACAUCUGGAAUACCGAUGACUGGUGUUCUGUUGAACUCAUCUUUUAACUUUCAGCAGCCACCAGAAAACGAUGCAGGGGACCAACUAGCUUCCUCAAAUGAAGUCCUGGCAUUACCUGGGGCUGUUAAUCAUGAACUUCCCUUGCCUGAAUGGUCAGGUUCUUGUCCCAUUGCAUGCAAGCAACUCUGUUCCUCAAACGAAGUCCAGGCAUUGUCUGGCACAAUCAACGACAUGCAUCCCUUACUCACAGGAUCGCCUCUAUCUCCUAUUUCACGGAGCCAAUUGCCUUCCUCAAACAAGGCUAUAGGAUCAGCUUUCUGUCCCACUGCACAGGAACAACUUCCUUCCUCAAAUGAAGUUCAGUCCUUGUCUUGGACCGUUAACAAUAAGCGCCCUUUGCCUGUGGAAUGUGAUUCCUAUCCUGUUGCUCAAUGUAUCGUCCACCAUCCACUAGAGACGUGCUGUGCAAGGAGGGCAAAUGUAUUUUCCCCUGGCUUAAGCCUUGAUGAUUCCAACAUCUUGGCAGAUGGCUUUCCAGGUGCUGAUUCUGGUACAAGAUUAGAACCUACUGAAUCAUCUGGUGGGACUUUACUUUCCUUGGACGUACUUUAUAAUACCCCACACUUAAAACUACAAGCUGGGGAAAUUCCAUCUCUAGCUGGAUUUCUGAAGAGUGAGGAAUCAGGGUGCCGCUGAUGGCGAGUGUGACAAAUC